AUGAUUCCUAAAAGCUCUGACACUAAGAAGACCAUGAAUGUUGCAGCGAUUAGAAACAUCAUGAGGAAUGCUGUACCAGCUAGAAAGCCCAUGAAAAAUGUGGCAGUGGGAGACCCACCUCUUGUGACUCCCCCUAGCUGUGACACUAGAAACAGCAUGAAACGUGUUACAGCCAUUAGAAACAUCAUGAAAAAUGCCUUACCAUCUAGAAAGCCCAUGAAAAAUGCCGCAGCACAAGUCCCUGCUCUUGUGACUCCUCCGAGCUGUGACACUAGUAACACCAUGAAACGUGUUGCAGCGAUGAGAAACAUCACGAGGAAUGCCUUACCAUCUAGAGAGCCAAUGAAAAAUGCCGCAGCACAAGUCCCUGCUCUUGUGACUCCUCCGAGCUGUGACGCUAGUAACACCAUGAAACGUGUUGCAGCGAUGAGAAACAUCAUGAGGAAUGCCGCUCCAUCUAGGAAGCCUAUGAGGAAUGCAGCAGUAGAGGUCCCACCUCUUGUGACUCCCCCGAGCCGUGACAUACAACGUGUCCAGUUACAAGCAAGACCUCCACGCUGUGACAGCCAAUCAACCUUCAUACUGCACCGUCUGCUCGGAGAAGGUGGAUUCGGACAAGUCUUUCUGGCAACUCAUAGUGCAACCAAGAAGAUCGUGGCCAUCAAGUCCGUCGUGAAGACUUCAGAUCAACGUGACGCCAUUGAAACAGAGCUGAAGGUCAUGCAGAAGGCGGAAGGGUGCCCAUUCCUCACCCAGCUUUACAUGACUUUUCAGACCCGCCAGUCUGCCUGUUUCGCUAUGGAAUACGUCUCUGGGGGGGAUCUGUUUGAUUUCACCGUAAACUAUUCGCCUCUUCCGAUUUCUGUCAUAAGAUUCAUUGCGGCGGAAAUAUCCUGUGGAUUGGAGUUCCUCCACGAGCGUGGCAUCGUUCAUAGGGACAUCAAAGGAGGCAACAUCCUACUGGACAACAAAGGUCAUGUCCGCAUUGCAGACUAUGGAUUAGCAGUAAUGGAUCUGUAUGGCGAUACGACGGUGACAGGAGUAGCCGGAACAAUUGGAUACAUGGCACCAGAAGUUAUAAACGGCGACUUCUACCAGUUUGAACCCGACUGGUUUUCCAUGGGAGUUGUCAUAUUCAUCAUGGCUACAGGCACCAUGCCAUUCUGUACCCGUACCACCCAGAUAUACAGGAAGGCUGUGAGUUAUGAAAAUCCUGUUUACCCCCCGGACAUGGAUCAACACCUGAAGAACUUCAUAGAUGGACUUCUAUGCAAAUGUCCAGACAAGAGGCUUGGAGUCGGCAGAGACAUAAGACGGCAUUUAUUCAUGAGGCUCAUCAAUUGGAAGUCGCUGGAACAAGGGAAAGGAUGGCCACCUUUCUCAGUAGCCCAGCCCUUGGACUUGGAAACAACCUGUCGACUUCCUCCAUCAGCGAUCGAUGUAAAGGCAUUGGAAAUUCCAGGAAGAAAAAUACACAUUCCUGGAUUCCUAAACAUCGACAGGCUGUGA